UGGAUUGUUGAGCUAUCAGCACCUCCCUGGACCUUUCCCUGCCUGCCUGUUAUCGUGUGGACGAGUGAGUGGAUUUGUGUUGCCCCGUUGUGGAGAGAGAAGAGAGAGCCGUUGGAGAGUGUCUGAUUCCCGUCCUCCCCUUCACAUGCCCCGGACCGCUGGACCCCCCUCCCCUCCCUCCAGCACGUUGUAAAUAGUCUCACCUGGUGUCGUGUGUACUAAUAAACUGUCUACUCUGCUAGGAUUCCCGGUCUGCGCCUGAGUCCAUUAACUAAACCGUGACAGAACAAUCCAGCCAGCAUGGACUCAGCGGGUCGGGACCCAGCCGCUCAGGACCCUGUCGCUCAAGCACUCAUCGCUCAGGGAGCUGCUCUGGCCCGACAUGAGCAAAUGCUCGAGCGGCUCCAUAACGAAAUGGCGGCGCUCACGCAGGCGGUCGCUCGCUUAACUCCUCUGGAAAGUAAUCCCCAGCCGGCAGUUCCUGCCCCCCAGGAGCCCCCGCCUGCCGCUGUCGCAGCCGUUGCGAGCGCACCUUCGGCACCUCAGCCACCCUCAGAUGGACCCCUGCCCACUCCAGAACCUUUUACGGGUGAGUGGGACAAGUGUGCUGGUUUUCUGGCUCAAUGUACUCUUGUUUUUCGUGAGCAGCGGCGCUUCCAUAAUAACGACGGGGCCAAAAUAACCUUUUUUGUCCAACUGCUGCGGGACCGGGCCUUAAAGUGGGCUCAGGUCGUGCUUAGCUCGGACCCCGGGAUUUCCUAUGCUGACUUUCUGUCAAAAUUCCAUACUGUGUUCAAUAAGGGCUCGGGCGCCGAGGCUGCCGCGCUUCGUCUGCUAAACUUCAAGCAAGGUAAGCGGAGCAUGUCUGACUAUUCUAUUGAUUUUUGGAUUCUGGCUGAGGAGACAGGCUGGGGACAGGAGGCCUUAAGGAGUGCACUGCUUAACAAUGUUCGUGAAGAGGUGAAAGAUGAGCUUAUCAUGCGAGAUCUCCCUGACUCUCUUACCGAAUUAAUGGCUCUUUGCAUUAAGGUGGAUGAUCGACUGAGAGCUCGUCGUCUGCCGCGACACUACAGUUCCCAGGAGGCCGCGGGGCAGUUGAGGGCUGGCUCCUCAUCGGAGCUCAGCUCUUCCCGGCAAGCAGAGAGCGCAGACGGAGGAGAGCAACCCAUGCAGAUAGGAGGCUCACAUCUUUCAGCCGCGGAACGCCAGCGCCGCAUCACUGCCGGCCGGGAUCUCGCAACGUCAAGCCGGACGCCCUGUCCCGACAGUUCUCCACCUCGGAAGGCCUGGCGGACCCUGCACCCAUCCUCCCGGCAACCUGUGUGGUGGGGGCCAUCUCCUGGGAGAUCGAGUCUACCGUUCGCGAGGCUCAGAGAACGGAGCCGGAUCCAGGAGGCGGACCGGCGGGGCGCCUAUUCGUUCCCCAAACCGUCAGGCCUCAGACCGUGGUCACAUAUUUCUCUGGAUUUUGUGACCGGCCUCCCACCAUCUGCAGGUAAUACAGUCAUACUCACAAUCGUCGACCGUUUCUCCAAGGCAGCUCACUUUGUUGCUCUGCCCAAGCUACCUACAGCAUUGGAGACCGCACGUCCACUCACCAAUCACGUCUUUCGCCUGCACGGCAUUCCGGAUGACAUCGUGUCUGACCGGGGACCCCAAUUCACAUCCCGAGUGUGGAAAGAGUUCUGCGCCUCAUUUGGGUCUAAGGUCAGCCUGUCCUCUGGAUAUCAUCCGCAGAGCAACGGCCAGUCUGAACGGGCGAACCAAGAGUUGGAGGCGGCCCUGCGCUGUGUCGCCUCUUCCAAUCAGGCAGUCUGGAGCGAGGAACUGCCGUGGAUCGAAUACGCCCACAACAGCAUGACCACCUCCGCCACGGGCCGGUCACCUUUCGAAGCUUCUCUGGGAUUCCAGCCACCUCUUUUCCCCUCCAUCGAAGGCGAACACUCUGUGCCAUCAGUCCAGGCACAUCUGCGUAGGUGUCGUCGGGUAUGGAAGGCCACCCGGGCUGCGUUAUUGCGCACCAAGGACCGCAAUAAACGCUUUGCCGACCGCCAUCGGUCCUCUACCCCGCCUAUGCUGUCGGACAAAAGCUCAAACUGCCUCGCAACAUGA